GCGAACUGACUCGUUGAAUUCUCAUAGUCAAUGGUCAAAUGGGUCCGGGCGAGAAUUGCAUUUUCAAACCAGAUAACCCGAUUCGACGUCAAUAAAAAGUCUCCUAAUAUUCCAGCUUUCGGAGGAAGAUGGUCACAUGGCGAUUCUGAGUAUCGUGGUAAGAUGUACGCUGCUCCAUGAACGUAGCAGUCUCAUCCAAGCGAAGCAUGGCAUCAAAAUGUUUCGCGAUUUUGAAUACUGCUUCAAAUUGUUGCUCUAGCGCAUUCGAAUCGCCGUGGUCGACUUGGCCUUCCCAUCAAUCACGUUGUCGGACGGUACCGUCCAGACCCAGGGUGGUUUUCGCCAAUGGCAAGAGCAAGGUCUUGGUUUCUGGAAUAAAAAAGUAUAGGUGGUAAAGGUGG